AUGAGUUUUAAAUUGGCUAACCGGGUGUGCGAUCGCAAGGAACUCGAGGAGUCGUUUAUUUUCCACGAGGGGCUGUGGGCGUGGCUUACCACCGCCAUGCCGGCUCGGGGCGACGCAAGUGGUGUAGCAGAAGCCGUUAGCAAUCUACAAGACGGAGCGGACACAAUAGAUGCCUGGAUGACGCAGAUAGACGAUUGGAACGCCGGACUCGCCUCGCGGGAGACCAUCGACGCAGUCCGCCUAACCGCGCGGAGAAUUCUCUCGCGGAAGAACCAAUACCAGGAGUACUUUAGGCAACAUCGGAGCAACACGCGUCAGCAAGACAGACGAGUGCGAGACGUAUUCCAGUUCGUCUGCAGCCAGCUGUGCGAGGCGCUGAAGGAGGUCUGCGAAGCGGGCACGCAGCAGAUUCAGGGAUACGUGGCUGACCUCGAGGCUGGAAGCGAGGCGCAGGAUGAUGCAAGAGCCAGGUUGGCUGCUCUUGCAGGGAUUGUCGAGGACGUAGGAGAAGAAGUCUCGCCAGACUCGUCAGAUUCGCCUUGA